GCAAACCAUGUGUUGAAAGUGAAACAAACCGAUCGUUUUGUUAUUAAAAUCUAUUAUAAUAAUUAAAGUAAUUGUAAUCAAAAAGCCCUAAACACAAGUCCGUAAUGUCUUCAGCGGUCGUGAGAUUCACCGAAUCGCUGAAACUCCUGAGGAAUAUAUCGCAUGAAUUGCGAAAGACCUUAAACAAGGACAAUGUGAACGUGAAGAACAACGAUAUGAUGGUCUAUAUAGUGGAUCAAUAUAGACGGCACGACACCACCGACCAGCGGGUCUGUCGACCGACUCAUGAGUUGCAAUACAUGGCCGACACUUAUCACUCGUAUUUGAAUAGUAGCCGACAUUAUCGGCAAAUCUAUGACCAGUUUUACAGCAAAGGCGAACUCACGGCCGACCAAACGGCACAUAUGCUAGGCUUUAAAAUGCCCGAAAAGUAUGAGAAAUGAAUGGUAGCGUCACUUCUUAGAUACCUGUCGUAUAUUACAAGACAUUUAUGUUUUUAGUCAAUUGCCC